CACCCUCCUAGCGGAGGGGAGCCAUUUUUGGCUCCUCUAUUGACCGUUCUGCUUCCCCGGGUUUCCAUAAAUAUCGACCACCAUGGCCUCCGAUCGACAGACAACGCCUUUAAGGAGCUCCGGAAGACAGUUAGCCAUAAAAUGCAACGGCUACAAGAGAAAAACCGCAUGCUUCGAGAUGAACUUCGCCAGGAGAAGGAGAGGCACCAAAAGACGGAAGAGGAACUUUCCCAGCAAAGGGAAAAGCGUAUUUUAGAGUGCAAGAUCUGCUAUAUGCAGCCGGAUCGCUGGGUGUUCAUUCUAUGUGGGCACAUGGUCUGCAGAUCAUGCGCAGGAAGUAUUGGAACAACGGAAAAGUGUCCUAUUUGCCGAGCGCCGAUCACGGGACAUAUUGGGUGCUAA